AGGUGAGGGGUUUCAUUUGGUCAACCUUUUACUAGCCGAUAAGAGUCACAGUAUAUAUAUAUAAAUCGGGUCCCUUCAACAGAGCAUUCACAACUGAGUAACAGAGUGGUCAAGACUUGUCUUCAGCUGACAACAGAGAAAAUGUUUACUUUCACAAUCGUCACUUUGUUGGCAACCCUGACGGCCUCUACGCUUGCCACACCAAUCUCAAUAUACGACCACUACGCACCGGUUAAGGUGGCGGUAGCUCCUGCACCCGCAUUGGCCAUCGCUCACCAUGGAGCCGUCGAGAUCGAACACUAUGCUCCUGCCCAGUACGAGUUCAAGUACGGAGUCAAGGAUGAACACACUGGGGACAUCAAAGAGCAGGCUGAGAAGCGAAACGGCGACAAAGUCGAAGGUUACUACAAGUUGGUUGAACCUGACGGCACAAUCCGCACAGUUCACUACACAGCUGACAAACACACCGGGUUCAACGCCAUCGUCGAGAAGUCUGGACACGCCACUCAUCCAGCGCCAAUCUUGAAGAAAGUCGUUGUCCCCGUCAAAAAGGUCGUGGCGGCAGCCCCAGUUAUCACGUACUCCCACGCGGCCCCCCUAUACACCCACUCAGUUCCUAGAUACAGCUACCACUAGUUCCUGCUUUACCUUGUUAGGUCAGUGUUUAGCUCAAAGCACCUUCACUAGUAAAUACCCAUCAAGUUUCAUUUUAUGUUUAUCCUCUUGAUAGAGCUGCUUGUUUUGUAUUGUAUCUGUUGUAAAUAAAUGCUUCGUUUGAGUGAA